AUGACGGCUACAGUCGAAAUCAAGGUCAAGACCAAGGCCAAGGCCAACGGCCACACUCGCGAUCAGGCUCACAAGAUGCACCAAGGCGAUUCAUCCAUGAUCCGCCUUGCCGCACAGCUCAUGCAGCAGAAUCGACCGCAACUCAACGUCAAGGUUGCCCUCUUCUUUAUCUUCAUCGUUGACUUCUGGCUGACAGGAUUCAACAUGCUCCAUCGCACGCUCGUCAAGAUCGGCAUUAUCUCUCCUCUGCCCGAGAACUGUGUUCCUCCGGCCUUCUCUCCUACGAGCCCACCUCCGUUGGCACAGUGGCCUUUGACUCACAUUUACUGUCGCCUUGUACACCUGUACAACUUCUUCACCAAUUAUCAGGAGGGUCUCAGGCUGCACCACGAUCUUUACGGCAGAAAGGCCAGGAACGAUUGGUUUCGUGACUGGGCUUACUGGGAGGGCAUUGGCCAUAAAGGAGAAUGGGGCACACCAUAUGCCACAACCGACGUGGACAGUAGAUGCCCUUGCCCUGGCCUCAACAUGCUUGCGACGCACGGGAUCGUCGACACGUCAGGCAGGAAAGUGCCAGCAUCAAAGAUGGUUGCCGCUAUCUCGCGCGCCUUCAACAUUGCCCCGACCAUGGCUUUGCAGCUUUACUCGCCUCUCUUCCCCGUCUUGAGCGAGAAGGGACAUGUUUUUGAUCUCGAUUCGAUUGGCAUUGUUAACAUAAUCGAGCAUGACGCAAGUCUCUUACGACCAGACUACUACCUUGCAGACUGGAACAGGGAUCCCCGUGCACUCUCCCGGCCUCACCAGGACCUGAUCGACCGCUGGUUCCCCACUCACCUCAAGCACGGCCAGCUCAAGCAGGAUAUGACGGAGCGCGACUUUGCAGAGGCACUCUGCAUAAGACGAAGAGAGUCCAAGGAGCACAACCGACAGUAUAGCUCAAACGUUGUGCAGAGUUUGAUUGGCUCUGGAAGCUGCUGUUUGAUGCUCAACAUUUUCGCAGGCAAAGUGUUGGAUUUGCGCGAGAUGGCAGGAAGCGUCAACAGGCAGUUGCCUGGCGUCAGAAGCACAGAUCAAGGUCAGAAGUACGGUUACGAGCGAAUGCCAGCUAGAACGAUUCAGCAGAAGGAUGGAGAGGAGGUCAAGAUUGUCAAGCAAAAGUGGCAGCCUGCCACCGCCAAAAGGCUAUACGGCAUGACCAUUCUAGAGGCACUCUGGACCACUUUCAACAUCGAGAUGCGAGCUAGGGCAUGA